AUGGAACGACUGGCAGAAAAACGGGCUGUCAGAGUAACUAACUGCUCCGGCUAUCAUGGCGACCCUGCCUCUGAGAUGUACACCAAGCAACACUUGGAGAUGUGGAUUUUAUCACCGGCGACUACUUGGCUGGUCAACAUGGCCCAGAAUGCUCAGGCUUACCGGUCCAAACUACAUCCUGGUUUCGAAGAGACAGCUUGGGAAGGAUUAAAGCAGUCAAUCAACGUGGUUGCUAAGAAACGUAUCCGAGUUGUAAUUAAUGGAGGAACCCUGAAUCCUCAAGGCCUGGCACAGAAGGUUGACGCGCUAGCCCGUGAAAAGGGACUCCAGAUUCACGUUGCAUACCUCUCUGGCGAUGAUGUAUACAGCAAGGUAGGCCCGAUCAUGCCGGCCACAACGACACAAUUGCCGCAUCUGGAUACGGACAAAUCUUCUCCCAUGACGUACGCAUUUCUUCAUGAAGAUGCCAACGAUCCAGUUCCUAUGGUUUCAGCCCAUGCUUACCUUGGUGCUCGAGGAAUUGUCGAUGGUCUGAGACGGGGUGCAGAUAUUAUCAUCUGCGGUCGCGUCGCAGAUGCAAGCCCACCGGAGCCCUCAUUGCAGGACAUCUCAUUGAAUGCUCAGCCCUGGUCUUUCCAGGGUUUCCGGAUUGCGGAAACUGCGGAUGAUGGUUCCUGUGCCAUCACUAAACACCCCAACACACAGGGUAUGGUGACCAUCGACACAGUCCGCUGCCAGUUUCUUUACGAGUUGCAGGGAAACGUCUAUCUCAAUAGUGAUGUUGCAGCUCGCCUUCAUGGGAUAAGAGUGAAUUCUGUGGGAUUAGACCGUGUCCACGUGUCUGGUAUCACAGGUUCUGCACCUCCGCCGACUACCAAGCUCGCCAUAUUCUAUCCAGGUGGCUAUCAGGCUGAAAUUCUACUAAACGCCAGCGGAUAUUCUGUACCUCAAAAGUGGGACUUGUUUGAACAGCAAGCUGGAGCCUUGAUUCUGGAGGGUGUGGUCAAAAAACUUCAAAACUUGGAAUUUCAGAGGUAA